GACAGUAGUGACACUGGCAGUGUUGACGAUUUCAUAAUUUGAUUAUUGUUAUCUUUUGUUAUUGUUGAUGAAGUGAUUGAAUAGUGAAAUGCGAAAUGAGAGUGAAAUAAUCGACAACAAAAUCAUGCAGAUGGAAGAAAAAUCAAAUAAUGAAGCUGAAGUAACUCCAUUAGAAAAUGUUUGUUCCGGAUGUUUAAAUGUAAUAGAUGAAGAUGAAUUCAUUUCUGCACUGGGUCAAGAAUGGCAUAUGGACUGUUUCAGAUGCUCUGCAUGUGAUGCAGCUUUAUCAAACUGGUAUUUUGAGAAGGAUGGAUUACUGUUUUGUAAAGAUGAUUAUUGGACCAAAUAUGGGGAAGCUUGUCAGCAAUGUAGUCAGAUAAUAACAGGACCUGUCAUGGUAGCAGGUGAACACAAGUUUCACCCAGAAUGCUUCUGCUGUGGCUCUUGUGGUGCCUUCAUUGGAGAUGGGGACUCAUAUGCUCUUCUUGAGAGGUCCAAAUUAUAUUGCGGACAGUGUUACAAACGGCAGAUGCAACCGUUACAGAAGACUGCAAGAUUUCCAUUCACAAGAAAACCACAUUCCAUUAGACUUGUAGAAAUUCCAGGCGGACAGAAAGGUAUCAAAUUGUCGAAGAAUACUUUUCAUGGAGGUAACAGCCAGUGUUUUACAGUUUCAGAGUUGCUAUGGAGAGUUCGAGGGAAGCUUCUUCAAAUGGCUUUAGCGUUUCUAACAUCUGCUUAUAAUAUAUGCUGCUACUUAUUGCCUCCUCAUAGGUUAGAAGUGAACAAUGACUUGAUGUCUCUACACAUUGGUGACAAAAUUUUGGAAAUUAAUGGGUUGCCUGUGAGAGACACGCCGUUGGAAAAUGUUGAAAAUCUUCUGAGAUAUUCAGAUACGGUGUUACAGUUGACGAUAGAGCAUGAUCCGGAAGCAAUACCAAGCAAUAUCACGAAAUUUCCAGUUCCAAAUACCAAGUUACCUCUUACAACUACCUCCAGUGAUACGAACAUUCCAAACUUAGCGGAUACUACGACAGAGCCCAAAUGUUAUGUUUCCUCAGAAUCCAUAAAUAUCGAUGUCGACACUAGUAAUACCCAAACUCCUGAAAUUGAAUCGCAUUCCAUACUAGACGACGAAACUCCCAAUGAAAAAUGUGUUCCUAAAGCCGCCAAAGUGAGAAUUGAAAACAAAGAGAGGUUGUUUCGAAGAAAGGACGAAGGGUAUAUGAGCGGAACGAGAUCACGACAGUUGAGACGGAAAAUUCACCAACCUGAAAAUAAGCAGUGUCUCGAUAAAGAGAGGAGUUCUUCAAUGAGUCGAUUGUUGGAUGAAUCUCCUAACUCUAAAAAAGGACUGGAGUUGUCGAGAGCUUACUCUUUUUUGGAACCCAGGCCACAACAAAGAGUAUUCAGGGCGUCAGAUCUCGUCAAAGGGGAACUUUUAGGACAAGGAUUUUUUGGCCAAGUUUUCAAAGUAACUACUCGGGAUACAGCCGAAGUUAUGGUACUUAAAGAGCUGUAUCGUGUUGAUGAAGAAGCCCAAAAGAAUUUCCUGAAAGAGGUUGCCGUACUGAGAAGUUUGCACCACAACAACGUUUUGCGGUUUAUAGGAGUUUUAUAUAAAGAAAAACGAUUGCACCUGGUCACUGAAUACAUUUCGGGAGGAUCCCUCACUGAACUUCUACACGACUCGAACCAACCUCUCCCUUGGGAACAACGAGUUUCUUUUGCCAAGGACAUUGCUGCUGGAAUGGCUUACCUUCAUUCCAUGAAUAUUAUUCACAGAGAUCUCAACUCUCAGAAUUGUCUAGUGCGCGACGAUAAAUCUGUUAUAGUGGCUGAUUUCGGAUUGGCACGGAUUAUAUCGCAUGCCACGAAUAGUGCUAGAAAGGUUUCUCCGAAGAAUCAAACUAGGAGGCAAGAGCGAAAAAAGCGGUAUACUGUAGUCGGAAAUCCAUAUUGGAUGGCUCCUGAAAUGAUGAAAGGGAACAAAUAUGACGAGAAGGUCGAUAUAUUCAGCUUUGGAAUAGUAUUAUGUGAGAUCAUAGGUAGGGUACAGGCUGAUCCGGAUUUUCUUCCAAGGUCCAACGAUUUUGGAUUGAAUCAAGUGGUGUUCAAGGAAUCAUUUUGUAGUUCGUGUCCUGAACCAUUCUACAAGAUUGCUUUUUUAUGCACAGAUUUGAAUCCAGAUAAAAGGCCUCCUUUUGAAGUGAUGGAAGUGUGGCUGGAAUCUUUUUCUAUGCAUCUAUCUGUAGGAAUGCCGUUACCACCAGACCUUCUCUUCGAUAUCCAACAUUAUCGAGGCCUGAGCCCAAGCUCAUCUGGCAGUAACACUCCCGAAGGUAUUCCUUCCGGUCAUAGAAGUCCAGCCCUAGAGCCGAUUUGUGAAGGGAAACUGGCGAACAUCAAACGGAGUUCUGAUAAAAUAUACAAAAGUGAUGAAAAAAUAGAAAAACAGAGCAAUGAUAACUUGAAGUCUAUCAUCAAAGUUUCUUCUGCAGAAAAUCUGUUGAAUAAUAGAAAAGAAAAUUAUAUAAAACCUAUAAUCAAAGUAUCUAGCAGUGAUACUCUGUAUGAUGACAAACCUGAUAGACUCGAAUUCACUACGAAAAGUUGCGAAAAUAUGCUUUCUAAGAAUGAGCUAAAUCUGAAUGAAAAUUUUGAAGCUGAUGAAUUAGAUUCUGAAAACCCCAGAGGAUUUCCUGAUUACGAAAAUAUUGAUUUUCUCAAGAACGAUACAGCAUUUGCAGGAGUGACAGAAAAGCCUAUUUGUAUACAAAAACUGUCAGACACUGAACUGAUAAAAUGCGAUAAGAAUAUGUUCAGUACCGGGUUUCAGCCCAAAAUCAAUAACGCUUCCACGCCUCAGGACAAUAACCUUCGCGAAAAUUACCUCAAUGUCACUCUGAGAAGAGUUCCUAAAAAUUUUACCAGAAACCGUUUAGUCAAAGAGAAAGCAGAUGAGGAACACCAAGCUGCAAGAGAACGGAAGAAAUUCUUAGGCAAAGCUUUCGAUUUAAAACCGUUUCCUGUAUCCAGUGAUAAAGUUUCAAACCUUAACUUGGAUAGUAUACGGCUGAAAAGUGAAACAUUACCAUCACAAGUAACUGAAAAAUUUGUUGGGAAUAUUAAAAAUGUUAACGUGGAAAAGCAGACACUGUUGCCUUAUCAAAGACAACUGAGCAGUGUAGAAAAGUCCAAACAGAAUGAUCCAGAUGGUGUCUCUUCAAGUACGAAAAGUGCAUUACCUAAAUCAGAAUCAAAUAGUGAGAGUGGUUCUAGUUUGAUUAGACACCGUUACUCGAAAGAUUCUGGUGAUAGUUCGCUAUUAAAAAGGACUCCCUUGUUACAAAGGCGAACUGCAUCUAAGCCUGAACAUUCCGAUGAUUCAGCAAGUAAACCGCAUUAUUGGUUGCCUAAACAGACUCCCAAUACUUCUUUCGGCGAAAAGAAAAAUGAGGAUGACCAAAGAAUUGAUGCUCCGAAUGACAAGCAGUCGUACAGCACUGUCAAGCAAAAGUUUAUUUCUAGCUGCGAAAAAUCUUCACUAUUGAAUAAACUCACGCCAAUAUUGCAGAGACGCAAGGGAUAUUUGAACAUAGAAGAUACGUCGAAAAAAUCUCUUGGAUCUGGUAGUACCGUGAAGAAUAUGGUGGAAAAUUUCAAUCAGAAAGGGGAAUUGGCCUUCGGCGGUAGAAGAAAUUUCGGUAGGAGUUCUUUGAAAGUGUCUGGUUCCCCAAAGAUCAACCUAAAACAUGUAGGUAGAAGUAGUCCUACUGAGGAAUACACGUUUUUAUAGUUUUCUAUACAACCAGUUACUUGAAAACGAAGACAGACUUUGAAUUUCAUUCCAUUAUUUUGAAGUACUAACCAAACUAGUUCAGACACUUAUCGUUUUCCAAAAUUCCCUACACUCUUUAAAAUAUUGAAAUCCGCGAUAUUUUAUGAAAUAAAAAACGAGGGAAAAUGCAAAGUUGCAACUUCAUACACGAUAAAAUAUUUUGAGUUGAUUUCAACACUGAGUUCACAAAAUUAUUUGUCAAUAUAAUAUGUCCACCCCGGAUUGUGUAACUAUUAUACUCAGUCUUCGAAUUAUAGUUAC